UGUCCGCUCCAUCGAGAACAUACGAUGCGUCAUAGUCGUUUAUUCGCGGUAUAGAAUAUCUCCCUAUCUACCCGAUACGGAAAUAUCGAUAAGAUAAUCGAUCGUGAACGUAGCUCACGUCAAGGUGUUGUUACGCUUUAUUGGUAGCAGUGUGCACACCCUAUCGAACGAUGGACGAGAACUCGAGGAUGUCGAAAAACGAAAAGGGAGAAGAGAAUAAAGAUCGAAAUUCCGGGCGUUGUCCAGAAACGAGGGAGCUGGUUAAAACGGAGGAGAAGGAGGAAGUGGAGGAGAUAGAGGAGGAGAGUGUUUCCGUGGCACAAUGUAUCCCUUCGUCGAGCGAAACCCAGCAGAGCGACAUGGAUGGAUGGCCGUUCGGAAAAGCAAAAGAUACGAACGACGGAAUAACGUCCCAAAAAAUUGUCAGGAUUGAUAUCGAUCCAAAUGCAGAAAAUUACAAUAUGUAUCACAAGAGAAGGGGCGUUGCGUUGAUCUUCAACAACAUUUCUUUCACCAAUCAGAUGACAGUUAGACAAGGCUCCGAAAAAGAUUGCAACGAUUUAACUAAGUCGUUGAAGAAUCUAGAUUUCGAGGUCCGAAUAUACAAAGAUCCAACUCUGAAAACGAUUUCUACUAUUCUACAAGAGACCGCUGCGGAAGACCACACGGAUGCCGACUGCCUGAUCGUAACGGUCAUGUCGCACGGAGAAUCUACUUUGUUACAUUCGGCGGAUAGUCUCUAUUCCGCCGAUAUGCUCUGGACACCCUUCACUGCUGAUCAAUGUCCUACUCUAGCCGGGAAACCGAAAUUAUUCUUCAUCCAGGCUUGCCGUGGUAAUCAGUUAGACCAUGGAGUUACAGUCCUUCAAGGUGGAGACGUUACGGAUAGUAGAACAGAUUUCUACACCAUCCCAGUGUUCUCUGAUAUCAUGGUGGCUUACUCAACUCUGAGCGGUUUCUAUUCCUGGCGCAAUCCAGAUAACGGUUCCUGGUUCAUACAAGCCAUUUGCGAGGAAUUCAAUAUCCAUGGCCGAACUCUUGAUCUACUCACUCUGAUGACUUUCGUCAAUCGACGAGUUGCCAUUAACUAUCAAUCCUUCGUACCCCACCGAAAGAGUUUCCACCAGAAGAAACAAAUACCAACUAUAGUCAGUAUGUUGACUCGGAUAGUGUACUUUCCUAAAAAGAGUAUUUUACGUUCGAAAUCAGUGUUACGCUCGUCUACCGAAGAAAACAAAACAUCCAAUAUCAAGAACAAUGCUUAUGGGGCUACGCCAUGCUGACAUCGUCGAGAUUACAAUCUUCGAAGUUGCAUAGAUGACUUAGUCUCUUAUUUUCUUUCCUUGUUUUCUUCUGCAACUACUAUACGCACGAUUUAUCUAUGUCGCUUUUUGUCUUUAUGUAUACAUAGAUAUAUAUGUAUAUCAUGCUGGAAUCUUAGUUUUUAAAAAUAAAAAAGAAAAGUAAAAAUAAAAUUAUAUA